AUGUCAUUUGUCACAUCAACCAUCGUGGGCAGCCUUUCUCUCUUGAGAAGGGACGAUAUGCCUUCUGCCACUAAAGAUGACGAUGAUAGUAAGGAUAUGCCUUCUGCUACUACUGGCAUGCCGUCUGCUUCAACUGGGAUGCCUCUGGUCUCGUCAUCCAGUGAGGUGAUCUCAACACCUUCCAUAACAGUGCCUGCCAGUAAUCACAAUCCUUAUAUCCAUAGAGAAAGCCGCCUUACCGGCACGGUUUUCAUUGCCGUGGGAAGUGUUGUUGGAGCAAUUAUCCUUGCAUUUGUGUUGUUCCAUCUCAUCAGAUCCAUUCGUGCUUCCAUGCUAGCGAAACGGUCUUCCUCGGGAGAAAAGUCCAUGUACGAGAACUACAACCGUAACAGAGUGUACAGCAACUCGCUUGGCUCUUCAAGUACACAUUUCCUCAAUACGGAGUAUCAGGGUUCAGUUGCAAAGAUGCCGCUCAUGUCGUCCAAGUCUUUGUAUGAUGGAGGUGAUGCUUCCACUCUACACAUGUCUGAAACCCCAUAUGCCACAUCCCACCAUGAUCUUACGAAUAUGUUUAUUUCGCCUACAAAAGAAGUCAUGUCACACAGCAGAACCAAGUCCCAGUCGAAUUUGCUUGCUGGGUCCAACAUGUCAUUGCGCAACAAUGAGCCCUCUCCAGCGAUCAAUAGGCAUUCUCAGCUCAUUCCUAAUAUGUACUUGAGUCCUGGUGUCAAUAACAGUGAGUACUCGUUGCUGGACCACGCUGCCGCUGACCCAAGCGCCCAGGGCAAGUCUCCAUCGAGCUCACCAGGAAACAGCCCGAACGCAAGAUCCAAGAGAAGAACACUUCCAAGCAUUACUUCGCUUAGAAGUGCUACUAAGAUUGACUGGCGCAAGGAAUUCCAAUCGCUUCAUAUCAACGACGUUCAUCCUCUUCCUCAUCAUGAUAUCGUCGAUGUUCCCAGCCAAGUGAUCAAGCCAACCAGAGACGUUGAAAUUGAUGACAGCAAAACUCCACUCAUUUUAAUACAUGGUCUCUUUGGAGCCAAACAGAAUUACGGUUCUGUGGGUAAAGCAAUUUCGUCUCAUACUAGAAGAACGGUCAUUGGACUUGACAUGAGGAACCAUGGCUCAGCGCCACACGCUGCUCCUCACACUUAUAUGGCAAUGGCCCACGAUACAAUUAAGUACCUUGAUGACCAUUUAAAACGUCCUGUGGUUUUAGCAGGUCAUCUGAUGGGAGCUAAGGUGUCCAUGUUGGUAAGCUUGAUUAGACCUGACCUCAUAGAGAAGCUUAUAGUUAUAGACAACAGUCCUGCGUCAGAAACGUUGGACCAGCAGUUUUACAAGGACCUUUUGGGAUUGUGCCAUCUUGAAAGAGACAAAAGCUUGCCAGGUAUGCCCAAGGCUGCACUUUUGGGUAAGAUGGAUAAGUUAUUGUUCAAAUACGAGAAGGAUAAGUUGGUGAGACUUUUCUUGAUUGAAAUUUCGGGUGCCAGUGCUCAAUUUUUGAAAGAUGACGUUUUGAAGGAGCUAGGAGAAUGGCCUACGGAUGUCGAGGGCAAGGUAUUCGAUAAACCGGUCAAGGUGAUGAAAGCAGAACAAUCUCACUUCAUCACAGAAAGGAAUAUUGAACAGGAUUUCCCCAAAUACUUCCCAAAUUUCGACUUAUCUGUGUAUGACUGUGGGCAUUGGCUCGUGAGCGAACAGCCGGAGCGGUUUGCCAAAGAGACUAUUGCAUUUUUGGAGAAUGACGGCGAAGAUUUAUCGUUGCCAAAGGCCACAGUGCAAAAGAUUGUCAGUGAAAUCUUGCCCAAGGACAUUGCCAUCUCUAAAGAGGCAAGAGAAGCCAUCACCGAGUGCAGCAUAGAAUUCAUUAUGAUUUUGUCCACACAGCUGAAUGAUAUAGCUGAGAAAGAAGCCAAGAAGACCAUUGCCAGCGACCAUGUGAUUAAAGCAUUGGAGGAGUUGGGUUUCCACAACUAUCUUGAUAUCAUCAACAAGGUAUUGGACGAACAUAAGGAGUUGCUCAAGGGCAAGGAGAAGAAAAACAACAAGUUCCUUAAUUCUGGCUUGACUGAAGAAGAGCUAUUGAAGCAGCAAGAAGAGUUGUUUAAGAAGUCCAGAGAUCGGUUGCAAGGCAGCGGAUCUCCCGGCGCACAGGAGAUCAAGCAGGAAAACUGA